ACCCUACCUACCGUGAAAUGCAAACGCCCAUCUUCUAGCACGACUUAAAACAGAACACAUUACAGAAGAUUUGUUCCUGAGACUUUGGCAUUUAAUCUGGAAAUGUCAGAUGGAUUCAACGAUGAUCAGUACUGCAGGUAAAUGGAAGGGAAUGGCACGUCCAUCUUUGUCCUCCUCGCUGGACUCCAUGUUACCGGGAAUAUCUCGGCAAGUACUGUCUGUGUCCAUGGAACCUAAGUACCAGUGCCAGCAGUGCAAGGAGGUUCUGAGGAAGCCGUUCCAAGCCCAGUGUGGACAUCGCUUCUGUGUAUUCUGUUUUAAGGAGCUCACCAGCUCUGGCCCAAUUCCCUGUGAAGCCUGCCGUGCUGAGGGUAUAUUUGAAGAGCAGCUAUCUAUGCUCAACAUCACUGAGGCAUUUCCAGACAAUGCAGCACGGAGAGAAAUCGAUAGUUUGCCUGCCAAAUGUCCAAAUGAAGGCUGUAGUUGGACUGGAACACUGAAAGACUAUGAGGGACAACAUGAAGGCAGAUGUGAAUUUGAACGUGUGACAUGUGAAGCAUGUCAAGUCCUUAUCCUGCUUAGUGACAGAGACCGACACAAUGAGAGAGAGUGUGAAGCCAGAACUCUUAACUGCAAAUACUGUAAAGUCUCCUUCAACUUCAAAGAUAUUAAGGCGCAUGAUGAAAUUUGCCAGAAGUUUCCUAUGCAGUGCAAAGACUGUGGUAAAAAGAAGAUCCCCCGAGAAAAGUUUCAAGAACACAGCAAGUCGUGUGCAAAAUCUAAGUCAGCAUGCCAGUUCAGAGAAAUUGGCUGCAGAGCUGUGGUUGACAACGGCAAGCAGCAUGAGCACGAGCAGGCCAGCAUCACCGAGCACCUGCGGCUCAUGCUGGCCGUGCUGUCGGCCGUGCGUUUGCGUGCUGACGGAGCCGGCGAGUGGCAGGAGGACUCUGGCCUUGGGCUGUACCGCGGACCAGAGGACGCACCUCCACCCGCCGCUCGUGCUGCCGCCGCCAACCAUGGCGAACGAGGCCCCAGCGUGCAGCAGAAAAUGACGGCGCUGGAGAAUAUAGCAUGCGUGCUGAACAGAGAGGUGGAGCGCACCGCCCUCACCCUGGAGGCUCUCACGCGCCAGCACCGGUUGGACCAGGAGAAGAUAGAGAGCUUGUCCACCAAGGUGCGGCAGCUGGAGCGCACCCUGACCAUGCGAGAUCUGAAGCUGGCUGAGUCAGAGCAGUCCCUGCGAGAGCUGCAGUUCUGCACUUAUGACGGAAUGUUCAUUUGGAAAAUUUCCGAUUUCUCCCACCGCAGGCAAGAUGCACUUGCCGGCCGAUCACCUGCACUGUUCUCGCCAGCUUUCUACUCCAGUAAGUAUGGAUACAAGAUGUGCUUGAGGCUGUACAUGAACGGUGAUGGAACAGGCAGAAACACUCACCUCUCCCUCUUCUUCGUGGUGAUGAGGGGCAAGUAUGAUGCCCUGCUCAAGUGGCCCUUCGGCCAGAAGGUCACUCUGAUGCUGUUGGACCAGAACAACCGGGAGCACAUCAUUGAUGCCUUCAGACCUGACACCAGCUCCACGUCCUUCCAACGGCCCAUUAGUGAAAUGAACAUCGCCAGUGGCUGCCCCCUUUUCUGCCCCUUGGCCAAACUGGCAGGCAAGAGUUCCUACUUACGAGAUGACACCAUUUUCAUUAAAGCAAUAGUGGAUCUCACUGGACUGUAACAAGGUCUUUUUUGAGGGAAAUGUGCAUAUAAGCAUAAUAUUUUCCAAAACUACUGCUGUACACAUCUAUAAAAGUGGGCAGUGGUAGCUCAGUGGUUAAGGUACUUGACUUGGUUCAAGUCCCACCACUGCCAAGUUGCCAUUGCUG